AUAUAUAGCUUACAAACACCCCAUCAUAUCAUAUCAGCUCUAGAUUCCAAAGUUCAGGGCAUUAACUACGAUGAAAUCUUCGGUUCUCUCUCUACUACUUAUUCUUCUUCUUCUUCCUCUCUUGGCCUCUUGUGUUGAAAAACAGGUCUAUGUUGUAUACUUUGGACACCACAGUGGAGAGAAAACAUUGCAAGAAAUUGAUGAUACUCAUCACUCUUAUCUCUCCUCUGUGAAAGAAUCUAAGGAAGAAGCCAAGAGUUCUCUUCUUUACAGUUACAAGAACAGUAUCAAUGGCUUCGCCGCAAUGCUCACCCCAGAUGAGGCCUCUAAACUAUCCGAAAUGGAUGAAGUGGUGUCUGUUUAUAGAAGCUACCCAAGAAAGUACACUUUGCAUACUACGAGGUCAUGGGAAUUUGUUGGGUUGGAAGAGGGAAAACAAUUGAAGCACUCCAAGGAAGACAUAUUAUUGAAAGCCAGAUAUGGCAAAGACAUCAUAGUUGGCGUCAUGGAUAAUGGUGUGUGGCCGGAAUCUCAGAGUUUUAACUAUGAAGGAAUGGGACCCAUUCCAAAAUCAUGGAAAGGAAUCUGCCAGAGUGGACAAGGUUUCAACUCAUCACAUUGUAAUAAGAAACUAAUUGGAGCUCGAUACUACGUUAAAGGUUACGAAAAAUUCUAUGGUCCUCUAAAUACCACAUUGGAUUACCUAUCUCCACGGGACAGGGAUGGCCAUGGGACUCACACAUCUUCAAUUGUUGGAGGAAGAAGGGUGUCUAAUGCCUCGGCCCUAGGUGGAUUUGCUCGUGGAACUGCCUCUGGUGGUGCACCACUAGUGCGCCUGGCGAUAUACAAAGCUUGCUGGGCAAUUCCAGGUGAAAGCAAAGCAAAUGGGAACACAUGCUUUGAUGAAGACAUGUUAGCAGCAAUUGAUGAUGCCAUUGCUGAUGGAGUUCAUGUACUAAGCAUCUCCAUUGGGGCCCAUGAACCUAUACCUUACACCAAGGAUUCUAUUGCAAUUGGAUCCCUUCAUGCCACGAAGAAUAAUAUCAUAGUAUCAUGUAGUGCUGGAAACUAUGGCCCUGCCCCGAAAACUUUAUCUAACACGUCUCCCUGGAUCAUCACAGUUGCUGCUAGUAGUUUGGACAGGGUAUUUGCAGCACCUGUUGUGCUUGGAAAUAGAAUGACUAUUCAGGGACAAACAGUAACUCCAUACAAUAUGAAGAAGAAAAUGUACCCACUAGUAUCAGCACCAACAGUAGUCAACCCUGACGUGCCCAAAAAUUAUAUAGCAGGGCAAUGCCUUCCUGGUUCUCUAUCCCCUGAAAAGACCAGAGGAAAGAUUGUGAUGUGCUUUAGAGGGAAUGGGACCCGAGUUGGAAAAGGCGAGGAGGUGAAAAGAGCUGGGGGUGUAGGAUUCAUCUUAGUUAAUAGUCUUGCAAAUGGAGCUGACUUAUCCGUAGACGCUCAUGUUCUUCCCGCAACAGCAGUGGAUUAUAACAAUGCAAUUAAAAUUUUGGAGUACAUCAAUUCUACUAACAAACCAUUGGCAUGUAUCUUCCCAGCUAAGACUGUCAUAGGUCAUACACCAGCACCGUUCAUGGCUACCUUCUCUAGUAGGGGACCAAAUACAAUUACACCUGAUAUUCUCAAGCCUGAUAUUACGGCACCAGGACUAAAUAUACUGGCAGCAUGGAGUGAAGCAUCAUCCCCUACAAAGUUGGAGGAUGAUCACCGAAUUGUUAAGUAUAACAUUCUUUCAGGAACUUCUAUGUCUUGCCCUCAUGUGUCAGCUGCAGCUGCACUUCUCAAAGCUAUACACCCCAAAUGGAGCAGUGCUGCCAUAAGAUCUGCUCUUAUCACCUCAGCACAACUAAUGAACAAUGUGGGUGUGCCACUGACUGAUGCAUCUGGCAACCCGGCAGAUCCCUUCCAAUACGGAUCAGGUCACUUGAGGCCAACAAAGGCAGCCGAUCCAGGACUCGUGUACGAUGCCUCAUAUGCCGACUAUCUUCUGUUCCUUUGCAGCAAUGGAGUAACAAAGCUUGAUCCAUCAUUUAAGUGUCCAAAAGUGCCACCCACAGCAAACAAUCUCAACUACCCAUCUCUUGCAAUUUCCCAACUCAAUGGCACAGUGACUGUCAAGAGAACUGUCACAAAUGUUGGUGGUAAUGGCAAGAGUAUGUACCUCUCUAUUGUCAAACCACCUAUUGGAUUUUCGGUUAAGAUCUCUCCACCUAUCUUAUUCUUUAAAAAUGUUGGCCAAAAGAAGAGCUUCACCAUAACCAUAAAAGCAGAAAGGGAGAAGCUCAACAUGAUUGACAAUAAUCAGUAUUCAUUCGGGUGGUAUGCUUGGACUGAUAGAAUCCACUUUGUUAGAAGUCCUCUGGCAGUAUCAUUGGCGUAGUUUGUUUUAUCAUUCUUGUUUUAUUUUUAUUUCCAUUCUUGCUUGAUUAUAUUUACAAAGUAUGGGGCUGCAGAGAAAUACAGGUAAGCCAAUGAAGUAUUCAAUAAUUGAACAUAGUGUUGGGUUUGUGAAGCCUGAUAGGUUCGGGGUUCAGCCACGAGCCGCUUGAUUACUCUUUUGUGGUAUUUUAAAGAGUUGUGGCACUAUAUAGUAAUGGUCCCCUAGGCGAUCCCCAAAGAUGAAAUUAUCCUUCCAGUAAACUUCUCAGGGCUUCCCCCUUGGUUUAGUGGAGUGGGACGACACAAAUCGGAGACAGGUGUAGUACGUGAUGCAGCAAAAUCAGUGUCCGCCGGCGUGUCACAAAGUGUGCCUCGGUCCAAUGGCGAAAUUAUGUGGGUACUAAGGGGCAUUAUUGUAAUCUUGAUGUAAACCUUAUAGUACCAGACUAUUUAUUUCUUUGUUGGCUAUACCUUGUACUCUUUCAUCGGAAAUAGUGAAACUACUGUGAGUCAUGGACAUAGCCCAGAUUUUGGAUGAACAACAUAAAAUUUGUGUCGUGAUUUCUUUUC